AUGUCGAUACAGACCGACCAUGAGGGUGGGGCCAGAUCUAGGGCUACUAAAGCGGCCGCCGCGCAAACCAACCAAAGGAAACGUGCGGCGGGGAAGAAGGCUGAGGUUGGAACGAAGAAGUCCGGGAAGAAGGCGGAGGACAAGGGGAAGCAACCAACGGCACGCAAGCGUGUUUCGGCCGUGAAGAGCGAUGCGGGUGUUGCCACUGCUGCCCUCGAGCCCGGUCCUUCCGACGACGGCACCAUCGGCGGGAACGAAGACCCUGGGCGUGGCGGCGUGAGUGUUGCCGUCCGGCCGGGGGACAGAGAGGGCUUGGCGACUGGAGGAAAGCACGGCGAGGCUCCCGGCGACGACCAGGCCGCAACUGUGGUGUCCGUGGCAGAGGCAUCACAGCAGCAUAUGACGCUGCUCCCCCCGCCCGUGGUCGAAGUAUCUGCUGCAGUGAUAGAUAAGGAGAAGAAUGCUGCGCACGAUUGCACGGAGGAGCCGAAACACGACAUUGCCGACGUCGGUGGAUCUCCUCCCUCUGGGGGACGCGGGAGGCGUAGGCAGAGGAAGAGCGAUGGGGAGGAGGAGUAUGACACCCCCGUGGCCGAGGACAUCCCCAUACGCGCAAAGAGGAGGCAGACGACAGCCAGCGGUGACGACGCCGGUGGUGCUGAAGUUGGGACAACGCGAGGCACCACGGAGCCAAGUGGCUUGGCGACAGAUCAUGCUUUGCGGCAAAAGGGCCGACCCGGUCCGCGGAAACCAUCUAGCGGACAGGGGGGCAAGCAAGCCUCGAGGGGGAAGAGGCCGAAGCGCGGCAAAGAAGGCCCUGGUGAAGCGGAUGUUGAGGACGAGGGGGAUGGGGAGGAGGAGGCCGAGGAGGAUGCGGAGGAGGAGGACGAGGAUGCAGGGGAGGAAGAAAAGGACGAGGAUGAGCAGGAGGACGACGAUGAUGAGGAGGAGGAGGAGGAGGAGGAGGAUGAGGAUGGCGACGAGGGGAAGGAGAAGGAGGACGAUGAGGAUGAGGAUGAGCACGAGGAGGAGGACGAGGGGGAUGACGAGCCUGAGGAGGAAAAGAGUGAGGAGGAGGAGGGAGGAGGAGGAGGAGGAGGAGGAUGA